UGGGGAUACCACGCGGCUGGAAGGACCGACGCGCGCGCGGCCGCCGAUGCCUCCAUUGGCCAAAUCCAAUCUCCUGUGGCACGCACUGUCCCGUGGCCCCCGCCCUGAGAGUCCAUAGAGGAGGCCACCCCAGGAUCCCAGAUGAACAACCGGAAGGAAGAUAUGGAAAUCGCGUCCCACUACCGACACCUGCUGCGCGAGCUGAAUGAGCAGAGGCAGCACGGAGUGCUGUGUGACGUGUGUGUGGUGGUGGAGGGCAAGGUUUUCAAGGCCCACAAGAACGUCCUGCUCGGCAGCAGCCGCUACUUCAAGACGCUCUACUGCCAGGUGCAGAAGACUUCUGAGCAGGCCACGGUCACGCACCUGGACAUCGUCACCGCCCAGGGCUUCAAGGCCAUCAUCGACUUCAUGUACUCUGCCCACCUGGCCCUCACCAGCAGGAACGUCAUUGAGGUGAUGUCUGCGGCUAGCUUCCUGCAGAUGACGGACAUCGUGCAGGCCUGCCAUGACUUCAUCAAGGCCGCGCUGGACAUCAGCAUCAAGCCAGAUGCCUCGGAUGAGCUCGAAGCAUUUGAAGUGGGUGCCCCGCCUGGUGGUGGUGCGGACGCCCUCAUCUCCGCUGUGAUGGCUGGGAGGAGCAUCUCCCCUUGGCUGGCCCGGCGCACGAGCCCCGCCAACUCCUCCGGGGACUCAGCCAUUGCCAGCUGUCAUGAGGGCGGGAGCAGCUAUGGGAAGGAGGAUCAGGAGCCCAAGGCCGAGGGCCCUGACGACCUUGCCUCACAGCCACUGUGGCCUGGCGACGUGGGCUGCGGGCCCCUGCACGUCAAGGAGGAGCCGCUCUCACCGGCCCACUUCGGGGGCAGCGAGCCGCCUUCUGCCAUGGAUGGCACCAUUCAGAACUCUUUCUCAGAGCAGACCGCCGGGGAUGGCUGGCAGCCCACGGGCCGGAGGAAGAAUCGGAAAAACAAAGACACAGUCCGACACAUCACACAGCAGGUAGAGGAGGACAGCCGGGCCGGCUCCCCACUGCCAUCUUUCCUCCCAACGUCCGGGUGGCCAUUCAGCAGCCGUGACUCAAACGCGGACUUGACCAUCGCUGAAGCCAGCAGCUCGGACAGCCGAGGGGAGAGGCCAGAGUUCCUCCCGCAUGUGGAUGAGGGGCUUCUGGGAGGAGAGGGCAGCUACCUAGGCGCGCCCCUCACCCCCGAGAAGGACGACGCGUUGCAUCAGGCUACCGCCGUGGCCAACCUGCGGGCGGCGCUCAUGAGUAAGAACAGCCUGCUGGCCCUGAAGGCGGACGUGCUUGGGGAAGACAGCUCCCUGCUGCUGGAGUACCUGCCCAAGGGCGCCCAUUCCCUGUCCCUGAACGAGUUCACGGUCAUCAGGAAGAAGUUCCGCUGCCCCUACUGCAGCUUCUCGGCCAUGCACCAGUGCAUCCUCAAGCGGCACAUGCGCUCACACACUGGCGAGCGGCCCUACCCCUGCGAGAUCUGCGGGAAGAAGUUCACUAGGCGGGAGCACAUGAAGCGGCACACGCUGGUGCACAGCAAGGACAAGAAGUACGUGUGCAAGCUGUGCAGCCGUGUGUUCAUGUCGGCCGCCAGCGUGGGCAUCAAGCAUGGCUCGCGGCGCCAUGGCGUGUGUGCCGACUGCGCAGGUGGCGGCAGGGCCGGCUCCCUGGAUGGUGGCGGUGCAGAGGGCUCCCCCGAGCUGUUCGCGGGUGACGGGCCAUACCUGGAGGACCCCGAGGACCCACGCGGUGAGGGCGAGGAGGAGCUGGGCGAGGACGAGGAUGACGUGGGCCUAGCCCCCGAGGACACGCUGCUGGGGGACAAGGAGGAUGACGACUCGCCACGGGGGCCCCACAGCCCCACCGGGGGCGUGGACAAGGACUUUGCCUGGAUUUCCUAGGCCAGGCGAGCAAUGGGCUGCGGCCGCCCUCACCUGUGUGUGCCCCAGGUCCCUUCCCCUGCUGCCCCCAACCCCUUGUGGACAGCAACCUGGGGCUCUGAGGCGGCCACCGCCCCAGCUAGCGGGCUGGGGACACACACAGGGUGGAGGCGCAGAGUGGGUUGGAGCCUUGAGAGAGCCCGCAGCAUCUCCCCCAGCUGGGGCACGUGGCAGGCCUCAGGGGAGCCCAGGAGGCCGGCGGCCAGGAAGGGGCAGUGCUGGCCAGGGCCUCCUCUGUGGCCCUGAGGCCCGGGUCUGGGGGCUGUUAGAGAGUUCCAUCGAGCCCGGGCAUCCAGGGCUGAGU